UGCGGCCCUGCAGACAUACUCACACACCCAAAUACGCGCUCUGCGAUGUCCAGAGAGAGUUUUCGAGUUUUUGUUUAGUUUUAUUUGAUUGCAACUCGAAUUGAACGUUAGCGGCGAGCGCACCGAACAACAAUAUAAUUGCGAGGUCGAUAAGAAUAAGGGGAAAAGCUUCAUACGAUUCGAAUCGAAGCUCAGAAGACUGGACUUCAGAACUCGAACUUUGUCAUCAGCGCAUCCGAAACGUCGCCAAAAAUUUAUGAAUGCCCAUGCCCAGCAGCGGAUUUCGGCUCGGAAUCAAUAACGAAAGACAACAACAAGAGAGGACCCGAAAAUCGGUUUGCAACAGCGCAGAUUGCACACAAUAAUUAGGCAUGGCGGCGAUUGAGGAGCGUUUCCAGGCGGCGGUCAACGUUAUCAAAGGCCUUCCGAAAAAUGGUCCCUAUCAGCCCAGUACUAGCAUGAUGCUCAAGUUCUACGGAUUGUUUAAACAGGCUACCGAGGGAGGCUGCGACCAGAAAAAGCCUGGUUUCUGGGACAUCGUAGGCAAGGCCAAGUGGGAUGCCUGGAAUGACAACCGGCACUUAAGCAAGGAACAGGCCAUGCAGCGAUACGUAGAAAGCCUUCAGGAAAUCAUUGAGACCAUGUCCUUUACGGAGAAUGUACAGAACUUUGUGGGUAGCCUCGAUGGCCUUGGAAACAUCAGCCUGGACGAAUUGGAGCUGGUAUCCCCCGGAAUGCGGGAACUGGCCGAAUCGCAUCCCAACUCGCCAUUCCAUUCACGUACCAACAGUCCGCAGCACGGAUCCAGUUGCAAUAGCGAUGCAGAGGUGGAAGUUGCUCCAACCCCAAUAGCCUCGUCUGAAACGAUUAAGGAAAAUGGCCACAGUACGCCUCCUCUGACCAAUGGAUUCGGUCCCAAAUCCUCAAACUAUACACAACACGAUACGCACAACUAUACGAGUAACAGCAGCGUGGCUAUUGUGGAGCCCUCGGAUGAUGAGUACGAUGAUCCCUACGAUCUUAGCCACGAGCUGACACAGGCGAUUGCUCAGAAUACUGAUCUGUUGCGCCAAAUACAGGCGGCCAUCUCCCGGAUGAACACCGAUGUAGGUGCAGUGCAGCAGCGUGUUCGUAGCCUGGAGCAGUCGCUUAACGAACUUCGCAGUGGCCAAAAAUCAGCGAAGGGAACGAUUUCACAGACACGAUCACUGCCAACCUGGUGGCCCUUCAGAAACAUCUCCCCCCUUUGGUUCGCCGUCCUUAUUCUGUGGCCUUUCUUGGUGCGUCGCUUUGCGCGGAUGCUGCAGACCACACCGCAGCGCAGACACUGACGCAAAUAAGCUAAAAUUUUGGAAGGAGAAAUAUGUGGUAGUUAAAUUUUACCUUUGGUUACGGGCACUAGCUUGGUCUUUAGCUUUCUUCGUGGAAAGUGCUUUAGUUAUUGUACAGAGUUGGCCUUAUUUAUACUUUUCUAACCUUAUGGUUAUCCAGUUGCAAUAUCUUUACCUUUUUUACAAACGUCUACAUGUAUAUUAAAUGUAUAUUUAUUUUGUACACACAAAUCGCGACCUUUUUUGUCACAUUCCCCCAUAUAAUUUAGUUUGUAAGUCAAAAGUUUUAGACACUUUUGUCUGGCAGAUGGCGAGUUUUAGCACCCUAGAAGCGCCGCCCUGCUAAAAUACGGUUGUAAGCGUAUACUUUAUUGUGCAUUAUUUUGUUGUUAAUUAUAAUUUUUGUAAUAAAUCAUACUUGAAAAA